ACCGGCGACGAGCCCUGCGUGGCCAUGGGGCCUGGCGAGAGCGCGGCCGGCUUCGGGGCGCUGCUGCCGCCGCCGCAUCAGAUGGCCUCCUCGGGGCUGCCUUCCCCGCCCGGUGCGGGAGGCGGCGGCGGCUGCCGGGGUCGCUACCAGCUGCUGCUGUCCGGCCGGGCCUUGGCCGAGCGCUACCGGAGGAUUUACACCGCGGCGGCGCUGAGCGAGCGGGAGCAGGCCGGCCACCCGGGCAGGUGUAAAAAACUGUUAAAUAAGAAGAAAUUAAAAAGAAAGCAGAAGACUAAAUUGAAAAUAAAAACAAGAAGCAAGAGUGACAACCUGGAUAACAUGGUAACCAUACCUGAUAUCAAACUGCACAGUAACCCUUCAGCAUUCAAUGUCUACUGCAAUGUGCGGCAUUGUGUUCUAGAGUGGCAGAAAAGGGAAACCUCUUUAGCAUUGGCUUCCAAAAAUACUGUGCAGAGUGGCGAUUCAGAUAGCGAUGAAGAGGAGGAGGCGAAAGAGCCCCCUAUCAAGCUUCCAAAGAUCAUUGAAGUUGGACUGUGUGAAGUUUUUGAGCUAAUCAAGGAGACAAGGUUUUCUCAUCCUUCUCUCUGUCUAAGAAGCCUGCAAGCUCUUCUUAACGUGCUUCAGGGUCAGCAACCGGAAGGCCUCCAGUCAGAGCCUCCUGAAGUUCUAGAGUCUCUGUUCCAGCUUCUUCUAGAAAUAACUGUUCGAAGUACUGGAAUGAAUGACAGCACAGGCCAGUCUUUGACAGCACUUUCGUGCGCUUGCCUCUUCAGUCUGGUAGCCGCUUGGGGAGAAACAGGAAGAACGCUUCAAGCAAUCUCUGCUAUUCUCACCAACAAUGGGAGCCAUGCUUGUCAGACUAUCCAGGUGCCAACUAUCUUAAAUUCCCUCCAGAGGAGCGUGCAGGCAGUUUUGGUGGGCAAAGUACAAAUUCAGGAUUGGUUUAGCAAUGGAAUUAAGAAAGCAGCCCUAAUGCACAAGUGGUCAUUUAAGGACAUUUCUGUGGAUGAAGAUGACCAAUGUCUCCUUCAGAGUGAUGGUUACUUCCUGUAUUUAUUAUGCAAAGAUGGUCUUUACAAAAUCGGUUCUGGAUACAGUGGAACAGUCAGGGGUCAUAUAUACAACUCGACGUCUCGCAUCAAAAACAGAAAAGAGAAAAAGUCUUGGUUGGGUUAUGCUCAGGGUUACUUGUUAUAUAGAGAUGUGAACAAUCACAGCAUGACGGCCAUAAGAAUAAAUCCUGAAUCCUUGGAGCAAGAUGGCACAGUAACUUUGCCAGAUUGCCAGACUGAGGGGCAGAAUAUCCUUUUCACUGACGGAGAGUAUAUUAAUCAGAUAGCAGCUUCACGAGAUGAUGGCUUUGUUGUUCGGAUAUUUGCAACGAGUACAGAACCAGUACUACAGCAAGAACUGCAGCUCAAACUUGCCAGAAAAUGUUUACAUGCAUGCGGUAUCUCGUUAUUUGAUCUGGAGAAAGACUUGCACAUUAUCAGUACAGGGUUUGAUGAGGAGUCAGCUAUUCUUGGUGCAGGAAGAGAAUUUGCACUAAUGAAAACGGCUAGUGGAAAGAUUUAUUAUACUGGGAAAUACCAGAGCCUUGGAAUCAAACAAGGGGGUCCUUCUGCUGGAAAAUGGGUAGAGUUGCCAAUUACCAAAUCUCCAAAGAUUGUUCAGUUUUCCGUUGGGCAUGAUGGUUCACAUGCCUUGCUUGUUGCAGAAGAUGGAAGUGUGUUUUUCACAGGCUCUGCAAGUAAAGGGGAGGAUGGCGAAUCAACUAAAAGCAGGCGGCAAUCUAAACCAUACAAGCCCAAAAAAAUAAUCAAAAUGGAGGGAAAGAUUGUGGUGUAUACUGCGUGCAAUAAUGGGAGUAGUUCCGUCGUUUCAAAAGAUGGAGAGCUCUACAUGUUUGGAAAGGAUGCUAUUUAUUCUGACAGCACAAGUUUAGUGACUGAUUUGAAAGGCCAUUUUGCAACUCAGGUAGCCAUGGGCAAAGCUCAUACUUGUGUGCUAAUGAAGAAUGGGGAAGUGUGGACAUUUGGAGUGAAUAACAAAGGGCAAUGUGGACGAGACACUGGUUCCAUGAGCCAGGGAGGGAAAGGCUUUGGAGUAGAGAACAUGGCAACAGCGAUGGAUGAAGAUUUAGAAGAGGAACUCGAUGAAAAAGAUGAGAAGUCCAUGAUGUGUCCGCCAGGCAUGCAUAAGUGGAAAUUGGAGCAGUGUAUGGUAUGCACUGUUUGUGGGGACUGCACAGGCUACGGAGCAAGUUGUGUUAGCAGUGGGCGUCCUGACAGAGUCCCUGGAGGAAUCUGUGGAUGUGGCUCUGGAGAGUCUGGCUGUGCAGUGUGUGGGUGCUGCAAGGCCUGCGCUAGAGAACUCGAUGGCCAGGAGGCCAGGCAAAGAGGAAUCCUGGAUGCUGUGAAAGAGAUGAUCCCUCUGGACCUUCUGCUGGCUGUCCCUGUGCCUGGGGUUAAUAUUGAAGAACACCUCCAGUUACGGCAAGAAGAGAAGCGACAGCGAGUGAACAGGAGACACCGGUUGGAGGAAGGGAGAGGCCCCCUUGUAUUUCCUGGUCCCAUUUUUAUGAACCACCGAGAGCAGGCUCUAGCCAGAGUAAGACCCCAUCCUCCACAGCUAAAGCAUAAACGGGACAAGAACAAAGAUGGAAGUGGAGAUAGGAGUGAGAAGGAUACUAGCAAAAUCACAACCUAUCCACCUGGGGCUGUCCGCUUCGACUGUGAACUCCGAGCAGUACAAGUCAGCUGCGGGUUUCACCAUUCCGUUGUCCUGAUGGAGAACGGCGAUGUUUAUACAUUUGGAUACGGGCAACACGGGCAGCUUGGACAUGGAGAUGUUAAUUCCAGGGGAUGUCCCACUCUGGUACAGGCAUUACCUGGACCUAGCACACAAGUUACUGCUGGCAGCAACCAUACAGCAAUUCUGUUAAUGGAUGGGCAAGUCUUCACGUUUGGAAGCUUCUCUAAAGGGCAACUUGGCAGGCCCAUUUUGGAUAUUCCUUACUGGAAUGCAAAACCGGCACCCAUGCCUAACAUAGGAUCCAAGUACGGGCGGAAGGCUACGUGGAUUGGAGCCAGCGGCGACCAGACCUUCCUUCGCAUUGAUGAAGCUCUGAUCAACUCUCAUGUGCUUGCUACGUCAGAGAUCUUUGCCAGCAGACAUAUAAUAGGCCUGGUACCUUCUUCUAUAUCUGAGCCUCCUCCAUUUAAAUGUCUCUUGAUAAAUAAAGUCGAUGGAAGUUGUAAGACAUUUAAUGAUUCCGAACAAGAGGAUCUUCAAGGAUUUGGUGUGUGUUUAGAUCCUGUUUAUGAUGUCGUUUGGAGGUUUCGACCAAAUACAAGAGAGCUGUGGAGUUACAAUGCAGUUGUGGCUGAUUCCAGACUUCCCUCCGCUCCAGACAUGCAAUUACGUUGUAGUAUCCUGAGUCCAGAACUUGCUCUUCCGCCAGGGUCCAAAGCUCUUACAACAAGAUCACACGCAGCUUUGCACAUUCUAGGUUGCCUUGAUACCUUGGCUGCUAUGCAGGAUUUAAAAAUGGGUGUUGCAAACACAGAAGAAGAAACUCAAGCUGUGAUGAAAGUCUAUUCCAAAGAAGACUACAGUAUUGUCAACAGAUUUGAAAGUCAUGGUGGAGGCUGGGGCUAUUCAGCUCACUCCGUGGAAGCCAUCCGCUUCUGUGCGGAUACUGACAUUUUGCUUGGUGGUCUUGGACUGUUUGGGGGUAGAGGUGAAUACACUGCUAAAAUAAAGUUGUUUGAAUUGGGUCCGGAUGGAGGUGAUCAUGAGACGGAUGGUGACCUCCUUGCAGAAACUGAUGUCUUGGCUUACGAUUGCGCUGCAAGGGAAAAAUACGCGAUGAUGUUUGAUGAACCUGUUCUGUUGCAAGCUGGCUGGUGGUAUGUCGCUUGGGCACGAGUAUCUGGCCCCAGCAGUGACUGUGGGUCCCACGGACAAGCCUCUAUUACGACAGAUGAUGGGGUUGUCUUCCAGUUUAAGAGUUCUAAGAAAUCAAAUAAUGGUACAGAUGUUAAUGCAGGGCAGAUUCCGCAGUUACUAUACAGGCUGCCAACAAGCGAUGGCAGUGCAUCAAAAGGGAAGCAGCAAACCAGUGAGCCUGUGCACAUUUUAAAGCGAUCUUUUGCAAGAACUGUGUCAGUGGAGUGCUUUGAAUCAUUACUGAGCAUUCUUCACUGGAGCUGGACAACCCUAGUGUUGGGAGUAGAAGAACUUCGCGGCUUGAAAGGUUUCCAAUAUACAGCCACGCUUUUGGACUUGGAAAGGCUGCGGUUUGUUGGCACAUGUUGCUUAAGACUACUGCGAGUCUACACGUGUGAGAUAUACCCGGUGUCAGCUACAACUAAAGCUGUUGUUGAUGAAACUAGCAAGCUGGCUGACUGCAUUGGGAAGACCAGAACUCUGCUAAGAAAAAUCUUGUCCGAAGGAGUCGAUCACUGUAUGAUAAAACUGGAUAAUGACCCCCAAGGAUAUCUCACUCAGCCUUUGAGUCUUCUGGAAGCUGUUCUUCAGGAGUGUCAUAACACUUUCACAGCCUGCUUCCACUCCUUCUAUCCAACUCCAGCUCUGCAGUGGGCGUGCCUUUGUGACUUGCUAAAUUGCUUAGAUCAGGAUAUCCAGGAAGCAAACUUUAAGACUUCCAGCAGCAGACUCCUGGCUGCUGUAAUGUCAGCCCUGUGCCAUACCUCUGUGAAACUGACCUCCAUCUUCCCUAUUGCCUAUGAUGGUGAGGUCUUACUGCGCUCCAUGGUGAAACAGGUUAGCACGGAGAAUGACUCUGCACUGGCCCACCGCUUCCCUCUGCUGGUUGCACACAUGGAGAAACUUAGUCAGAGCGAGGAAAAUAUUUCGGGCAUGACGAGCUUCCGCGAAGUGCUGGAGAAAAUGCUAGUUAUUGUGGUGUUGCCUGUGCGAAACAGCCUCAGGCGUGAAAAUGAACUUUUUUCUGCACAUUUGGUUUCUAACACCUGUGGAUUACUUGCGAGUAUUGUGAGUGAACUUACUGCUUCUGCACUGGGAUCUGAGGCUGAUGGGCUUAAUUCUCUGCAUUCUGUCAAGUCCAGCCCAAACCGCUUCACUAAAACGAGCCAAGGCAGAAGCUGGAAUACUGGGAACGGGUCCCCCGAUGCCAUCUGCUUCUCUGUGGAUAAACCUGGCGUCAUUGUUGUAGGGUUCUCUGUCUACGGAGGAGGAGGGAUCCAUGAAUAUGAACUGGAAGUGCUCGUGGAUGACAGUGAUCAUACAGGAGAUUCAACUCACUCUCACAGAUGGACGUCCUUGGAGUUGGUUAAAGGAACGUAUACCACAGAUGAUUCCCUGAGCGAUAUUGCAGAAAUCAAACUUGACAAAGUUGUGCCCCUGAAGGAAAAUGUGAAAUACGCAGUCCGUUUGAGGAACUAUGGAAGCCGCACCGCCAAUGGAGAUGGAGGAAUGACCACUGUCCAGUGCCCAGAUGGCGUGACGUUUACUUUCAGUACAUGUAGUCUGAGCAGCAACGGCACGAAUCAGACGCGGGGCCAGAUUCCACAGAUUCUCUACUACAGAAGUGAGUAUGAUGGUGAUCUUCAGUCACAGCUCUUAAGUAAAGCCAACGAAGAGGAUAAAAACUGCAGCAGAGCCCUUUCUGUCGUGGGGGCUGUGGUGCGAGCGGCUAAAGAUCUUUUGCACAGGGCCCUUGCUGUAGAUGCUGAAGACAUUCCGGAACUGCUCAGCUCCUCCAGUCUCUUUUCUAUGCUCCUUCCUCUCAUAAUAGCGUAUAUCGGACCCGUGGCUGCAGCCAUCCCCAAGGUCGCUGUUGAGGUCUUCGGCCUAGUUCAGCAGUUGCUUCCUUCUGUAGCAAUUCUGAAUCAGAAGUAUGCCCCUCCCACCUUCAACCCUAAUCAGUCUACAGACAGUACCACAGGAAACCAGCCAGAACAAGGGCUCUCUGCUUGUACUACCUCUAGCCACUAUGCUGUCAUUGAAUGUGAGCAUCCCUACAAACCAGCUUGUAUUACCCACUACAAGGUGACUUUUCCAGAAUGUGUUAGAUGGAUAACAAUAGAGUUUGACCCUCAGUGUGGAACAGCUCAGUCAGAAGAUGUCCUUCGCUUGCUCAUUCCUGCCCGAAUUCUACAGAACUCAGGAUUUGGACCAAAGCAGACCUCUGUCCAUGAAAACCUUAACUCAUGGAUAGAACUGAAGAAAUUCUCAGGCUCAUCUGGAUGGCCUACUAUGGUCUUAGUGCUGCCGGGUAAUGAAGCACUCUUCUCACUUGAAACUGCAUCAGAUUACGUGAAAGAUGAGAAGGCCACCUUCUAUGGUUUCAAAUGUUUUGCUAUUGGCUAUGAAUUUAGUCCAGGACCUGAUGAGGGUAUCAUUCAGCUGGAGAAAGAGCUGGCCAAUCUCGGAGGAGCGUGUGCUGCAGCUUUGAUGAAAAAAGACCUGGCACUUCCCAUUGGCAAUGAAUUUGAAGAAGAUCUUGAGAUACUUGAAGAGGCCGCUCUGCAGGUUUGUAAAUCACACUCUGGCAUCCUGGGAAAAGGUUUAGCAUUGUCACAUUCACCAACUAUCCUGGAGGCACUUGAAGGAACUCUCCCACUGCAAGUACAAAGCAAUGAACAGUCAUUUUUGGAGGAUUUUAUUUCCUGUGUACCAGGAUCAAGUGGUGGACGGCUUGCAAGGUGGCUUCAGCCAGAUUCCUAUGCAGAUCCCCAGAAAACAUCCUUGAUUCUGAAUAAAGAUGAUAUCCGGUGUGGCUGGCCAACCGUUAUUACAGUGCAGACCAAGGACCAAUAUGGUGACGUUGUUCAUGUGCCCAAUAUGAAGGUGGAAGUCAAGGCAAUUCCUGUUUCCCAGAAGAAAACUUCCUUGCAGCAAGAACAGGCAAAAAAACUCCAGCGAAUACCAGGCAGUCCUGCAGGGGCUGCUGCUGCUGCCGCCAGCACCGAUAUGACAUUUGGAGGACUUCCUUCUCCCAAACUGGAUGCUUCCUAUGAACCAAUGAUAGUCAAAGAAGCUCGUUAUAUAGCUAUUACAAUGAUGAAGGUAUAUGAAAAUUAUUCAUUUGAAGAAUUACGCUUUGCUUCACCAACACCUAAAAGACCAAGUGAAAACAUGUUAAUAAGAGUUAACAAUGAUGGUACUUAUUGUGCUAACUGGACUCCUGGAGCAGUCGGACUCUACACCAUUCAUGUUACGAUUGAUGGCAUUGAAAUAGAUGCGGGACUAGAAGUCAAAGUAAAAGACCCCCCGAAAGGAAUGAUACCUCCAGGAACUCAGUUGGUUAAACCAAAAACAGAACCCCUGCCAAACAAGGUUCGCAAAUUUGUGGCCAAGGACAGUGCAGGGCUGCGUAUCCGCAGCCACCCUUCCCUUCAGAGCGAGCAGAUAGGCAUAGUAAAAGUCAAUGGAUCCAUUACUUUUAUUGAUGAGAUCCACAAUGAUGAUGGUGUGUGGCUGCGGCUGAAUGAUGAGACAAUAAGGAAAUAUGUACCUAAUAUGAAUGGUUACACCGAAGCCUGGUGUCUGUCUUUUAAUCAGCAUCUUGGCAAGAGCCUUCUCGUCCCUGUUGAUGAGUCUAGAUCUAAUGCAGAUGACUUUUUCAAAGACCUAAACUCACACUGCCCUCAGGAAGCGGUAAUGCAGGAGCCACCAGAUAUGCCGUUCCUUCGUGGUGGGCCUGGAGUGUAUAAGGUAGUGAAGACUGGCCCCUCAGGUCACAACGUCAGAAGCUGUCCCAACCUUAGAGGUAUCCCAAUUGGAAUGUUAGUUCUGGGAAACAAAGUCAAGGCAGUGGGCGAGGUGACUAAUUCUGAAGGGACGUGGGUGCAGAUGGAUAAGAACAGCAUGGUAGAGUUCUGUGAAAGUGAUGAAGGUGAAGCAUGGUCCUUAGCUAGAGACAGAGGAGGAAAUCAAUAUCUCCGGCAUGAAGAUGAGCAAGUUCUUCUAGAUCAAAAUGGUCAGACUCCUCCACCAAGCCCUUUCUCGCUGCAAACUUUCAAUAAGGGGACUGGGUGUAGUAAUGGACAAGGAUUUGAUUAUGGCCUUGGAAAUAACAAAGGUGACCAACUGGGUGCCCUACUGAAUCCCAUUCAGUCACGGCCUAGUCUCCCAGCUCCUUCCAUCUUUGAUCAAGCUGCAAAACCUCCCUCUUCCUUAGUCCACAGCCCAUUUGUGUUUGGACAGUCCCUUUCCUUCCAGCAGCCUCAGCCACAGCUUCCGAGUGACAGAGUGAAUUUUACUGCAGCUGCUAGACCGGUUUCUCCAGCAGGGAAAUCAGACAUGGCAUCCAAAUACAGAGCGGAUAGCAGGUCGCUUAAAUCCGAUGGGCGCGUGAGCCACAGUGUUGGAGACCAGAAAAAGCCCAGGAAUACGGAGGGCUUAUCCGCUAGUGAAUCUCUGAUGCUGAAAUCUGAUACUGGGAAGCUGAGGUCAGACUCCCACAGCAGGUCGUUGUCUCCAAACCAUAACACUCUGCAAACUUUAAAAACGGAUGGGAGGACAACAUCUGGCUUGAGAGCGGAAUCUCCAGGGCCAGGUAACAGAUCCUCUUCACCCAAGACUCUUUCAGCAGGUAAAUCCUGUACAUCUGGCGCUGGUUCUCGCCGGUCGUCUUCUCCUCACGAUAAGACUCAGAAACCCUCGCCCCCCGUGAAAACAAAAAUCGACCCUCCUCGGGAGAGAUCUAAAUCAGAUUCAUAUACGCUGGACCCUGAUAGUCUUCGCAAAAAGAAGGUGCCCCUAACAGAACCAAUAAGGGGAAGGUCCACUUCUCCGAAACCAAAAAUUAUGUUAAAAGAUGGAAAACCUGUCCCUGAAACGGACAACCGGGCCCCUUCUCCUCACGUGGUACAAGAAAAUCUUCACAGUGAAGUUGUUGAAGUCUGCACUUCAAGUACCUUAAAGACAAAUAGCAUUACGGACAGCACCUGUGAAGAUAAUUCUGAGUUCAAAACCGUGGAUGAUAGCUCUAAUAAGGUUCAUUUCAGCAUAGGGAAAGCGCCGCUGAAAGAUGAGCAAGACAUGAGAGCGUCUCCAAAAGUGAGCCGCAAAUGCGCAAGCAGGCACACGAGACCAAAGAAGGAGAAGUCUGUCUGCCUUUUCAAAGGCGACGGCACCAGACCUGUAGAACCUGCCAAGCAAGCCAUGUCGCCGUCUGUGGCAGAAUGUGCCAGGGCUGUCUUUGCUUCUUUCCUGUGGCACGAAGGGAUAGUGCAUGAUGCCAUGGCCUGCUCCUCUUUUUUGAAAUUCAACCCUGAACUCUCUAAGGAGCAUGCUCCAAUUCGAUGCAACAUGGGCCAGCAGCCAGUAGAAGAAAAAGAAACCAAGCUGAAAAACAGACAUUCCCUGGAAAUAUCUUCCGCUCUUAAUAUGUUCAACAUAGCCCCUCAUGGGCCUGACAUAUCAAAAAUGGGCAGCAUAAAUAAAAACAAAGUCCUCUCUAUGCUUAAAGAGCCCCCUCUUCAUGAACGAUGUGAGGAUGGAAAGAAUGAAAGUGCCUCUUUUGAAACUUCUAGCCACCAUGCCAUGAAAUCCAAGUCUCCUCUCCCCUUAACGCUGCAGCACCUGGUAGCCUUUUGGGAAGACAUUUCUCUGGCGACCAUCAAGGCAGCUUCUCAGAACAUGAUUUUUCCAAGCCCCGGGUCCUGUGCAGUGUUGAAGAAGAAAGAAAGUGAUAAAGAUAAUAAGAAGUCCAAAAAGGAAAAGAAGAAAAAGGAGAAAGCGGAAGCCAGACCGAGAGGAAACCUCUUUGGCGAAAUGGCUCAGCUUGCAGUAGGGGGACCAGAGAAAGAUACCAUCUGUGAGCUGUGUGGAGAAUCCCACCCGUAUCCAGUGACCUAUCACAUGAGACAGGCUCAUCCAGGGUGUGGCCGGUAUGCAGGUGGACAAGGCUAUAACAGCAUUGGGCACUUUUGCGGUGGAUGGGCUGGUAAUUGUGGCGACGGCGGCAUCGGAGGAAGCACAUGGUAUCUAGUCUGCGAUCGGUGCAGAGAGAAAUAUCUACGUGAAAAGCAGGCAGCAGCAAGAGAAAAGGUCAAGCAGUCUAGGAGAAAGCCACUGCAAGUGAAGACGCCUCGUGCCUUGCCGACCAUGGAGGCCCAUCAAGUGAUCAAAGCGAACGCACUCUUCUUGCUGGCCCUGAGCAGUGCCGCUGAGCCCAGCAUCCUGUGCUACCACCCGUCCAAGCCAUUCCAGUCCCAGCUUCCCAGCGUCAAGGAAGGCAUCUCGGAGGACUUCCCCGUUAAAAUGUCCUGUCUCUACCUCCAGACUUUAGCCAGGCAUCAUCAUGAGAACUUUGUUGGCUAUCCAGAUGACAAUCUCUUUCAGGAUGAGAUGAGAUACUUGCGCUCGACUUCAGUACCUGCACCUUAUAUAUCCGUUACUCCUGAUGCCAGUCCUAAUGUUUUUGAGGAGCCAGAAAGUAACAUGAAAUCCAUGCCCCCAAGUUUAGAGACGAGCCCCAUCACGGAUACGGAUCUCGCCAAACGCACCGUUUUCCAAAGGUCAUAUUCAGUCGUUGCCUCGGAAUAUGACAAGCAGCACUCCAUCCUUCCUGCACGGGUCAAGGCUAUCCCCAGAAGGAGAGUGAACAGUGGAGAUGCCGAAGUGGGGUCCUCUCUCCUGAGACAUCCGUCUCCUGAACUUUCUCGGUUAAUCUCCGCCCACAGCUCUCUUUCCAAAGGAGAGAGAAAUUUCCAGUGGCCGGUUCUGGCAUUUGUAAUCCAGCAUCAUGACUUGGAAGGACUUGAAAUUGCAAUGAAACAAGCUUUAAGAAAAUCAGCAUGCCGGGUCUUUGCUAUGGAGGCUUUUAAUUGGCUCCUCUGUAAUGUCAUUCAAACAACGUCUCUCCAUGAUAUUCUGUGGCAUUUUGUGGCUUCUCUGACUCCCGCUCCGGUGGAGCCAGAGGAAGAGGAGGAUGAGGAGAACAAAGCGAAUAAGGAAAACGCAGAGCAGGAAAAAGAUACAAGAGUCUGCGAACAUCCGCUGUCGGACAUCGUGAUUGCUGGUGAAGCAGCUCAUCCUUUACCCCACACUUUCCACCGUCUGCUCCAGACAAUCUCCGAUCUCAUGAUGUCCCUCCCCAGUGGAAGUUCAUUGCAGCAGAUGGCUCUGAGGUGCUGGAGCCUCAAAUUCAAGCAGUCGGACCACCAGUUCCUGCACCAGAGCAACGUCUUCCACCACAUCAACAACAUCUUGUCCAAAUCUGACGAUGGAGAUAGUGAAGAGAGUUUUAGCAUCAGCGUACAGUCAGGGUUUGAAGUCAUGAGUCAGGAAUCGUGUAUAGUGGUUUGUUUAAAAGACCUGACCAGCGUCGUUGAUAUUAAGACAUCAAGCCGGCCUGCGAUGAUUGGCAGCUUGACAGAUGGGUCGACCGAAACCUUCUGGGAGUCAGGAGAUGAAGAUAAAAACAAGACUAAAAAUAUUACAAUUAACUGUGUCAAAGGAAUCAAUGCUCGUUAUGUGUCUGUUCAUGUUGACAACUCACGAGAUCUUGGGAACAAAGUCACUUCAAUGACUUUUUUAACUGGCAAAGCCGUAGAAGAUCUUUGCAGAAUAAAACAGGUUGACUUGGAUUCAAGGCACAUUGGCUGGGUAACAAGUGAACUUCCUGGAGGUGAUAACCACAUCAUCAAAAUUGAACUGAAAGGCCCAGAGAACACUCUCAGAGUUCGGCAAGUGAAAGUGCUGGGAUGGAAGGACGGAGAAAGCAUCAAAAUAGCAGGCCAGAUCUCAGCCAGUGUCGCUCAGCAAAGGAACUGCGAAGCUGAAACACUGCGAGUCUUCAGACUCAUUACGUCUCAGGUAUUUGGAAAACUCAUAUCUGGAGAUGCGGAGCCAACCCCAGAACAAGAAGAGAAAGCUUUGCUGUCUUCGCCAGAAGGAGAAGAAAAAGUACACAAUGCAACUUCGGAUGCAGAUUUGAAAGAGCACAUGGUUGGGAUCAUAUUCAGCAGAAGUAAACUGACAAAUUUGCAAAAGCAGGUCUGCGCUCAUAUUGUACAGGCCAUCCGAAUGGAAGCAACGCGCGUGCGUGAAGAAUGGGAGCAUGCGAUUUCUAGCAAAGAGAAUGCCAACUCUCAGCCCAGUGACGAAGACGCGUCCUCUGAUGCCUACUGCUUCGAGCUGCUGUCCAUGGUGCUGGCACUGAGUGGCUCCAACGUAGGGCGUCAGUAUUUGGCCCAGCAACUCACUUUGCUUCAGGAUCUCUUCUCGCUGCUGCAUACGGCUUCUCCCAGGGUGCAAAGGCAGGUGACAUCCUUGCUGAGGCGUGUGCUGCCGGAGGUCACCCCUAGUCGCUUGGCUAGUAUCAUAGGAGUCAAGUCCCUGCCCCCAGCAGACAUAAGCGAUAUCAUUCAUUCAACGGAGAAGGGGGAUUGGAAUAAGCUGGGGAUCUUGGACAUGUUCCUGGGAUGCAUUGCCAAAGCACUCACUGUACAGCUCAAGGCCAAAGGAACCACCAUAACCGGUACAGCAGGUACUGCUGCCGGCAAAGGAGUGACUACAGUCACGCUGCCGAUGGUUUUCAACUCCAGCUAUAUUAGGCGAGGUGAAAGCCAUUGGUGGAUGAAGGGCUCGACUCCAACACAGAUUUCAGAGAUCAUUAUCAAGCUCAUUAAAGACAUGGCAGCGGGUCACUUGUCUGAAGCUUGGUCCCGUGUAACAAAAAAUGCUAUUGCUGAAACAAUCAUUGCUUUGACCAAAAUGGAAGAAGAGUACAGGUCUCCCGUGCGGUGCAUCGCAACAACUCGGCUCUGGCUGGCUCUUGCCUCUCUUUGUGUGCUGGACCAGGACCAUGUAGAUAGACUGUCCUCCGGACGAUGGAUGGGAAAGGAUGGACAGCAAAAACAAAUGCCUAUGUGUGAUAACCAUGAUGAUGGGGAAACUGCUGCUAUCAUCCUGUGUAACGUCUGUGGGAAUCUGUGUACAGAUUGUGAUCGGUUCCUGCAUCUCCAUCGACGCACAAAGUCACACCAAAGACAGGUAUUCAAGGAGGAGGAGGAAGCGAUCAAGGUUGAUCUUCACGAAGGCUGUGGUAGAACCAAACUGUUUUGGCUGAUGGCACUGGCAGAUUCGAAGACCAUGAAGGCGAUGGUGGAGUUCAGAGAACAAACAGGCAAACCUACCACAAGCAGUUCUGAAGCGUGUCGUUUCUGUGGCUGCAGAAAUGGGACAGAAUUAUCAGCCGUGGGCAGCGUCUGUUCUGAUGCCGAUUGCCAGGAAUACGCAAAGAUCGCUUGCAGCAAGACUCACCCCUGCGGCCAUCCCUGUGGAGGCGUCAAGAAUGAGGAGCACUGUUUGCCCUGCCUGCACGGCUGUGACAAGAGCACCACCACUCUGAAGCAAGAUGCUGACGACAUGUGCAUGAUCUGUUUCACGGAAGCGCUUUCAGCAGCACCAGCCAUUCAGCUGGACUGCAGUCAUAUAUUCCAUUUGCAGUGCUGCUGCCGAGUCCUAGAAAACAAAUGGCUUGGACCGCGGAUAACAUUUGGGUUCAUGCUGUGUCCAAUUUGCAAGAACAAAAUUAAUCAUACAGUAUUAAAGGACUUGCUUGAUCCCAUCAAGGAGCUUUAUGAAGAUGUAAAGAGGAAAGCUUUGAUGAGAUUGGAAUAUGAAGGGCUGCACAAGAGCGAGGCCAUCACAACGCCGGGCGUUCGGUUUUAUAAUGACCCUGCUGGAUAUGCCAUGAACAGAUAUGCGUAUUAUGUUUGUUACAAGUGCAAAAAGGCUUAUUUUGGUGGAGAAGCCCGUUGUGAUGCUGAGGCGGGCCAGGGGGACGACUAUGAUCCGAGGGAGCUCAUUUGUGGUGCCUGCUCUGAUGUUUCCAGGGCUCAGAUGUGUCCUAAACAUGGUACAGAUUUUCUAGAGUACAAAUGCCGCUAUUGCUGCUCUGUGGCUGUGUUUUUCUGCUUUGGGACGACACAUUUCUGCAAUGCUUGCCAUGACGACUUCCAAAGAAUGACGAGCAUUACUAAAGAAGAACUUCCACAUUGUCCUGCAGGUACCAAGGGCAAGCAGCUUGAAGGAACCGAAUGUCCCCUCCAUGUCGUCCAUCCCCCCACUGGUGAGGAGUUUGCACUAGGUUGCGGAGUCUGCAGAAAUGCGCAUACGUUUUAAUUUGCCCGAAGAAAAUGACGGCUGUUGUCCAGUAAGUGUCCUCUGGGCUGAAUAGAAACCUCAGCUAGAAUGAGGAGAUGGGACCAUUUCAUAAACCAGGGAAAGGAACAGUUCGCAGCGUGAGAAGGGUGCCAAACACCACAUCUGCAUUGUCCUUUGCUAUGAGGCGGUUGACAUUUUUUGACCCAAGACAUCCAACCUUGUGAGGUGUUUGCAUGUGGACGUUACGCUCAUCAGCUACAAAAAGCAUUGGACACUGACAAAUAAAUAAAUUGCUGUCAAAGAAGCGUUCAAAGGCGCUCUGUUUUCCGUGGACUCCAAAUGAUGCUGGAUAUCAGACGAAGAAAAAAAGUUAAUUAUUGUAUACUGACUUUUUUUUUGUAAUCCUGUACAAUUGUAACUGCAUCACGGGUAGGGACGGAGAAGAGGAAUAUUCUGGUUUAUUUCUUAGACUGUUAUUAAAAAAAAGAAAAGUGUUAGGAAGGCAUAAAUGUAACCAGUAUCACGCUGUAUAUAAAGAUAUCAAUGUUUGUCCUGUAUAAGAAUUACUAAAUUGCAAAGCCAAGCCGUUGCAUUUACACUUCUCUGGGUUUAUGUUUGAGCCUGAAAUUUUAAUGAAGUGCAAUACUGAGUGUGCCUCAUAUCUCUUGCAGCUGUAAACAUGAUGGAAUGUACAUGUCAAUAAA